AUGGUGAAACGAAUUUACAAAAUAACACCUCAUGGAAAAUCGACGAAUGUAUCUAAGCAACCUGAGACUGAAUUUAUCAAACAGCCUAACAAUUCUACUGCAUACACAGGCGACACUUUAGAUUUGGUUGAGAUUAAAGGUACACCCAGAAUUGGCGAUAAAGAUACACAUACAGAGGACAUUGAUGUCAAACCGAACAUUUAUAAUGGAAAAGAAGCACACAAUGGCGAUUGUCAAGAUCACAAAGAUGGCGGACCGGAAAUAGCAAUAUAUGGUCGUCGCUGGUACAUUUUGGCCGUUUUUUCUCUUAUAUCCUUCACUCAGGCUGCUGUGUGGAAUACGUGGGGCCCUAUAGCUGUAUCAUGCGAAAAAGCUUUCGGAUGGGAUGAUACUAUCCUCGCGCUUCUACCAAAUUGGGGUCCAAUAGGAUCAAUUCUGACGGGAUGGGUGGCAUCAUGGAGUAUGGAUGUGCAAGGUAUCCGGAUGUGUUGUGUAAUUAUCGCGGCACUGACGGCUAUUUCGUCAGCGAUCAGAUGUAUUGCAUUAGAACCACCGUACAUCACAUGGACAGCCAACAUAUCAGCUUUUCUGAACGGACUAGGUGGCCCAGUGGCUAUGGGGGCGUCACCUGUUUUGUCUGCCGCGUGGUUCCCGCCAAACCAGCGGAUCACAUCUACAGCCAUAGCAACCCUCUUUAACUAUGGUGGAGUGGCCGCAUCCUUUCUCAUAGGCCCUUUGUUUGAAAGAAAUGAUGUACUGAAUACAUCGCAUAUCGGGAACCUAACUCAACACGAUAACAGAACGAUGGCAACCAAUUCCAAUUUAAUACACGACCAGGAUGAAUCAGAGGUUGCCUGGAUACGACAUCGGAUCACGCUAGUCUUUUACGCUGAGUGUGGGUGGUGCUUUCUACUGUUAAUUAUGGUAGUAGUAUUCUUCCCAUCCAAACCUCCUAAGCCACCAAGUACUACAGCAUCGAAAGAACGUUUGGACAUCAAAUCAGGUUUUAGAAAACUAAUGAGGAACAAGAAGUUUUUACAACUAUGCCUGGCGUAUGGACUACCAGUAGGUAUAACAGCAUUAUGGGCCGGAACGUUGUCAGUCGAUCUCAAGUCCUAUGACGUGUCAGAGACCCAAGCUGGGUGGAUUGGUUUCUAUUCAAUUAUUGCCGGAUGUUUUGGUUGUCUAGUUAUGGCCAGACUUUCAGACAUGUUUUCAAAACAUAUCAGGCAGAUUCUAAUAUUCUUAUAUUCCGUGGCGUUUCUCGAUUACCUGUGGUUCAACCUGAUUCUGGUUGACAUUAUUCCCCGUUCAAUAGCCCAUAUAUACGUAUCUAUCAUAGUAGGUACUCUAGUUGUAAACGCCAGUGUACCUUUAUGGAUGGAGAUGGCAUGCGAGAUUACCUAUCCAAUAGCGGAGGGUAUCACCACUGUCGUCAUGCUGAUGGUGCUCAACAUUGUUGGACUUGUGUUCCUAGGUAUACAGAUGAUACCAAAUAUAGGUACGGCUUGGGAGAACUGGAGCAUUCUCGGCUCAAUAGGUGUGGGUAUACCUGUUCUACUUUUAAUGGAUGAUAGUUAUAAUAGACUGAGUGUUGAUGAAACUAUAUCAGAAAAGAAAUGACGUCACUUAAGAAUUUAAUUAAAGUUAUUCUUUACCUUUGUAUCUGAGUGGUGUAUUUUCCGUUGAAGUGGUGCUGUUCUAUCAUACAGGUCUACAUGAGUGGCAAAUUUUAAUUUUUGUUUUAUAGGGUUGAUGAAUUAAAGUCGACAAACUGAAU